AUGGCCCCUCACGAAGGUUUGGUACACCAGAAGGAAUACGAUUGGCGCGAUAGCAACGUCGAGCUCAUUGGCUCCGACCUUGACCACCAGGUCAAAUAUAAAUCUGCUGCCUCGGAACCGGCAUGGAAUGAUGGGCAGGUAGGGCAGUCUGCUGGUCUUCACGUAUGGCGCAUCGAAGACUUUCAAGUCGUGCCCUGGCCCCAGGACAAGUAUGGUCAAUUCCACGAGGGCGACAGCUACAUUGUUCUGCACUCGUACAAGGUUGGCGACAAGGACGGCGAGGAGAAGCUCGGUCACGAUGUAUUCUUCUGGCUAGGAAGCAAGACCACUCAAGACGAAGCUGGAACGGCAGCUUACAAAACCGUCGAGCUGGAUGAGUUCCUCCAUGGUGCAGCUACACAGCACCGUGAGCUUCAGCACUCGCCGUCGGACGACUUUGUGGCCCUAUUCCCACGCAUCUCCAUCUUGUCUGGCGGUGUGCGCUCGGGAUUCACUCAUGUCGAGCUUGACGAGCAGCCAAAGGAGACUUUGCUGCUGCUAAGAGUCUUCAAGCACCCCUCUGCCAGGCGUGCAGAUGCCGUCGUUGUGCACGAGGUCGAGCCCACGUGGAAGAGCCUCGAUGAGAAUGACGUCUUCAUCCUCGAAAAGGACGACAAAAUCUGGGUAUGGCAGGGCAAGAACUGCAGCCCCAUGGAGAAGAUGGGCGCUGCCCGCGUGGUGCAUGACAUGACCAUUGCCAAACACAUCGAUGUUGAGGUUGUCUCCCAGACUGAAUCCAGAUCUCGCGCCAUUGUUGCACUCCUCGGCGGUGGCGAUGAUGAUGCCAUUACAAGUCUCAAUGCCCCGAGACCAAUCCGAUCCGCGAGCAGACCAGAGCACCCCCGACCACGACGCCUAUUUAGACUGUCUGAUGCCUCUGGUCAGCUUUCCUUUGACAUGGUCAAGGACGGCGAAGCAACACGAAAAUCGGAUCUUGAUACCAACGACGUGUUUCUCCUCGACACCGGCUCCGAUAUCUGGGUAUGGCAAGGGUCUGGCGCCAGCAAGGCAGAGAAGGCUAGCUGGAUCAAGGUUGCACAGCACUACAUCCGUCGCUUUGCAGACUCUGGUGACGAUAUUGAGGCACAGGCGUCACCGGUUUCCAAGGUUGUCGAAGGUUAUGAAAGCCCUGGGUUCCUCAAGGCUUUAGAGGCUUAUUAA